AUGGCUACCGACUCCACAAAGCUCAAGAAGGCUUCCACCGCCGGCUCUACCAAGCCAACCGCCCCCAAGACCACAAAGAAGGACUACAUCCGUGUCGGCGUAGCAAUUGUCGCCAUCACUGUCGCCCUCACCCAAAAUUUUAUCCGUAACGCCGUUACAGACCUGGGUCUCUUCCUCGGCGACAUCCAGCCGUUCAACACAGCAGGCUGUGAAGUCGUCCCCGGUGGAUUGGAGGCCUGCGAGGAUAUCCAUCUCCAUCGCGAGUCUGGAUUGGCGUUUAUGACCUGUGGUCAUGCUGAAAUGAGGAAGGAAUGGUUUCCGCCCAUGGCCAAGAUGAAUGCCUCGGCCGCUGAUGCUGCCUUCCAGGAUAAGUUUGUUAUCUACAACGUUGCUACGGGAAAGUACGAAGAGAUGGAGUUGGCAGGCCUGCCAAAUGGUACCGACCGCGUCUUUCACGGCCUGGGUAUCCACGAGCGGUCCCCCACCGAGCUGACCAUCUUUGCAGUGAACCACCGUCGAGGCGGCAGUGUGGUCGAGGUGCUCGAGUACACGGUUGGCGAUAAGGUCGUCCAGUACAAGGAAACCAUCCGCCACGAGUUGAUCCAUACCCCUAAUGAUAUCCUUGCGACGGGUCCUCGGUCGUUUUACGUCUCGAACGAUCACAAGUAUAAGGAUGGCGCCAUGCGCGAGUACGAAGAAUCGCUGAGAAGACCGUUGAGUAAUGUGAUUUACUACUCACCCGAAAGCACACAUAUCGCUUACGACAAGGUCGCCUCUGCCAACGGCAUCACAUCCAACAGCGACCAAUCCCUCAUCUACCUCUCCGCCUGCCACGGCGGAGCCCUCCACAUCCUCCGCCCCACACCCGACCACACUCUCGUCGACCAAGAAUAUAUCAAGCUGGACUUUUAUAACGACAACCCGUCCUACGACCCCGAGACGGACUCGGUGUUUUUGACAGGACAUGUUAAGCCCUUGACACUGACGGUGGGGUUGAAGAAGAAGGGUGUCCAGUUGGAUGGACCUUCCAAGGUUGUCAAGAUUUCGAAGGAUGUGGUGGGCGGUGGACAUAAGGUGGAGACGGUGUUGGAGGAUGAUGGGAAAUUGAUUUCGACAGGUACGGUAGCGGCUGUGGAUCGGAAGCGGGGAGUGAUGUUGAUCGGAACUGCGUUCUCGAACCGUGGAGUUGUUCGAUGCCCCAUCCCCCAGGGCGUGUAA